UGUCAGAGCCUCCUGUGCAGAUCCAGGAACAGCAGCCAGACCAGUUCUGUUUAGACCAGUUCUGUCUAGACCAGUUCUAUUCAGACCAGUUCUAUUUAAACCUGCUGGCAAAGUGUAAGAGCAGCUGACAUGGCAGAUCCAGAUCAGACCUACACCCAGAACCACACCUGUCCAGAAUCUGAGCGGAACAGGGACCAGAGUUCACGUGAGACCCCCCAGAGUCCACCUGAGACCAUCCAGAGUCCAACCGAGACCCCCCAGAGUCCACCUGAGACCCUUCAGAGUCUAGACCCACAGAGUCCACCUGAGACCCUCCAGAGUCCAGACCCACAAAGUCCACCUGAGACCCUCCAGAGUCCUGCUAAAGUUCCACAGACCAGCACCGAAACUAAAACCAAAGAGGAUAGUGAAGACCCCAAGACCACGGAGGAGACCCAGAUCCCGGAGUAUCUGAAGGAGUACGAAGACCCCGACAAGCCUGAGGAGGAGGAGCCUCUGGGGCCCGACGACGUGGUCUGCGACUCCUGCAUGGAGACCCCCCGCCGGGCCGUCAAGUCCUGCCUCACCUGCCUGGUGUCGUACUGCCAGCCCCACCUCCGGCCGCACCUGGAGAACCCCAAGUUCCAGAACCACCGCCUGCUGGAGCCACUGAGGGACAUUGAGAGGCGGACCUGCGAGACCCACAAGAGGCCCCUGGAGCUGUUCUGCCAGGCCGACAGCCACUGCGUCUGCCAGGACUGUGUGUCUGAAGACCACCGAGGACACAAGACCGUCCCUGUGGAGGAGGCCCGGCACCGCAUCCAGAAGGAACUGAUGGACAAACAGACGGAGAUGAAAAAGACGGUGGCAGCGGCGGAGAACGCCAUCAACAAACUACAGGUCAACACUGUCUGCAUAGAGAACUCUGUGUCGGAGGUUCGCUCCGUCAUCUCCUCCUCCUUUGAUCGGCUCCAGGCGUCGGUGGAAAAAGCCAAGAAGGAGGUGACGGAGAUCCUGGAGGGGGAGGAGCAGCAGGCACUGAAGCAGGCCCAGGGGAUCCGGGUCCACCUGGAGCACAGGUGUACGGACCUGAAGAAGACCCAGGCCCAGGUGGACCGGAUCACCAGGAACCACAACCAUGUGGACUUCCUGCAGGAAUACUCGGAGUGGAGGAAGGAGGCGGCUGAUGUUUCCCUCCCCGGCGUCUCCAUCGGUUUGACCGACAGCCUGGCCUCCUUCAGCCGGGUCAUCGUCGACUCCACUGAUGAGCUGUGCCGAGCGCUGGUUUCCUCCUAUGCACAGAAACUCAAACAGACGUGUUCCAACGAUAAAAUGGGAAUAAAGACUACUGUCCAGGCCAUCGUGGCAGCAAAACACAACAUGUCUCUACCGGAUCCAGUGACGCAUGAUGACUUUCUCAAAUACUCCGCCCUCGUCAGCUUCGACGGCCAGACGGCACAUAAGUUCCUGCGUCUAACGGAGGACAACCAGAAGGUGACCAACACCACGCCGUGGCAGCAUCCCUACGCAGAUGUCCCGGAGCGUUUCGAGCACUGGCGGCAGGUCCUGGCAUCAGAGAGCUUCUACCUGGGACGCCAUUAUUUCGAGGCAGACAUCAGCGGUGAGGGCACGCAUGUGGGUGUGACCUACAAGAGCAUCGACCGCAAAGGCAGCGAGAGCAACUGCUGCAUCACAGGAAACAAUUUCUCAUGGUGUCUGCAGUGGAAUGGACGCACCUUCUCGGCAUGGCACGGCGACGUGGAGACGCCGCUCAGUGUGCAGAAGUUCACGCGCAUCGGCAUCUACGUGGAUUACACUCGAGGGCUGCUGGCCUUCUACGGUAUUGGUGAUGGCGUGACACUCAUCCACCGCUACGAGGCCGAGUUCCUGGAGCCACUGUACCCGGCUUUCUGGCUCUCCAAGAAGGAGAACGUGGUGGCCCUGGUGGUACCCGGAGAGCCUCUACGCCUCAAAAGCCCCUCCCCUCCGACCUCCCCGGCCAACGGAGCGCUGGUGUCCAAAGUGGCGGCGUGAGGUGACAGUUGUUAGAUAUCAGUCGUGUUUACAGGAGAAGCAGGUGAUGGUUUGGCUUUUUGGUUUAGUCAAACCAAACCAUGUGAUAAAGAUGUCUCUACCACGACAACGUAGAAUUCCAAACCAUGAUAUGAGUCCCAAAAUGUAGUCGAGUUCCAACUGAACUGCAGAAUCUGGACCAGCCCAUUAAAUCCCCAAAUAUCCUUGUAUGUAGAUGAUAUUCUAUUAUAUAGAUGCAAACCACAAAUAUAUCAAGACCUGAGGAAAAAAUUCAGAUUUAAUUUCACAUCAUUAUUUCUUCAGCAAUGGUCUAGACCAAAAAAACAUCAAGAAUCACUACACAUGGACUGGAAGAAAUCCAAUCCUGUAAAAUACGGACAGGACAUUUCAAAUGGAUACAUAAUAUAAUGAUCAAUCCCAUCCAAGGUCAUCCCAUCUCCUAGAUGUAAUGAAUCACAACAUAAGACCAGUGUUUAAAACCUGGUAUUAACAUGUGACCAGUGUCCGUUGGCUCCUACAUCAAUAAUUCAGUCUGGACUUUGUUUUGACACUUGGUGUUUUUGAUGCAUUCUCAGAUCUUUAUCUUCCAGAACAAAACCUGGACCUGAGUCCUUCAACAUGGUGGAGAAUCAUGGUAUGAUGAUGUAGAAACUUAAAACGUCCGUAAGCAAAGUCAAUUUAGUUGAAUUUCAUGUACACUCACAGUCAAUGAAAACUUUGAGACCAUAUUUUUCGACAUAAUUUUUAUUUUGAAAUCCUAAACUGGAAUUUUUUUAUAUAACUCAUUUGUUUAGGAUACUGGCAUACAGAAACACAAAUCUAAAGUUUCAAGAAUAAUUUCAAAACAAAAAACUUUACAAAAGUAAAUGGCACCUGCCAAACACAAAUUCACAACAGUCAAUACUGGGUAUGGCCUCCGUUUGGUUCGAUGCAGGCGGUCUAUGGUCAUCAGAGCCUGUGGUGUUGUGGUCCUGGUCCUGGACUAUGCGGUCUGUGGUCAACAGAGCCUGUGGUGUUGUGGUGUUCCACCAGGUUUGGGAACAGCCCAUCCAUAGGCCUGGACUCAAAGCGGCCUCCACCAUACCCAGGUCCAACCCGCAGACAUUGUUCAGGUGAUAGACGUGCCAUGAUGCCGUUGACUGGACUAACAAUGGUGGCCUUUUCUGGGCCUUUAUAUAGGCCUUCAAAACCAAUCCUCAGAUUGUGCACAUACAUCAUAGAGACCAACCCAUGUGCAAUGAACCAUGACAACUCAUCAUUAUCUGAACUACCCCAGCACUAAGUCAUCAAUAAAUCCACAAUGAAUAAUUACAACCCCCUACAAGUAAAAAUAUGCAGACAUUUAGACCUCAAAGUUUCUAUUGACUGUCAGUAUAUAUGAUGUGGACAUCAGCAGUAUAUUGGGUGUCCCAAACAACACAUGUACUAGUUUUCAACACCAGUCCAUAGGCGGCUUUUCUAAAAUGCAGGGCAUAUAUAUAAUCAACAGUAAGAAAGAAAACAAACUAAAUACAUGAUCAGAACAAUAAAAAUAGUAAUAAUAAAAAUUGUACUAAUAUUCUGUGUCUAUACGUGUAAGCACUGUUGGUUUGUUUUUAGCCAUGCUCUGUUCAAAGCAUUUGCAUCAGUCUGGGGUUAGGGUUAGGGUUAGGUUAACCCUAACCCCAGUCAGGUGAGUGGGUCUAGACUUCCAUGAAUUCACUCCUUUUACUGAAUAGGCAGACUAUCCAAAUCAUGUUCUGUACCUGGGAAUAAAUCAGUCCCUGUUGGAGGAGGCUGGUGGAUUGACUUGGCUUGAGCUCUGCCUUUUUACCAGUGCAGAAAACGGGGUUGGGACAUAAUGGUGUAAACAUUGAAAAUCCAGUUUGAUGUUACAGUAAAAUAUGAAGUUUUGUAAUGCAAGGUUGUGUUUUGUCAGGAUGCCACAGUGGUGCCAUCUCAUUGGUUUCUUAUCCAUCGUUUCUAUUUCCUGUUUGUAUAUUGUUAUUCCAGGUUUGAGAGUGACUUGGGAAGCUUGUGACCAUGAAGCGACACAAUUAGACAAAUGAGAGAGAAUCAUAGUGUGCUUUACAUGACAGGUCUCUGCUGAUUAAACAAAAACAGUUGAAGUUUGAGUUAACCUUCUUGCAGAUGAACUGUACUUGUUUAUCAAAUUUUAAGUUCUUAUCUAGUAUGAGUCCCAAAUAUUGGACCUAGUUCACCACAGUCAUUAUUUCAUUGUUAAUCUUUACCUCAAACAGAUGGUUCACAGGCUUAUUACAAAUAGAAAUGCACUUAGAAACUGUAUUCUUGACAUUCAGGGUUACAUGAGACAACUUCAGCUAAAUAGUGACAUUCUGAAGCCAUUGGGUCAGGUGGUCAGCUGCUUCGCUAGCUGUUUUGGCAGAUGCAUAGAUGACAGUAUCAUCAGCGUACAUCUGGCAGCUGCCACCUGGACAACUUAGCGACAGGUCAUUGAUAUACAUGGUGAACAACAAUGGUCCAAGUACAGACUCCUUUGGUACUCCCAUGCUGUUAGUGAGAAGUUGGGAUUUCUCCUCAUUUAUUUUGACACAUAGCUGUCUUUCCUCCAGAUAUGAUUUAAACCACCGAAUGGCAUCUGUAGACAGUGUACAACAUUUGAACUGUAGUGGACAGUGUGAAAAGCCUUUUGGAGGUCCAAGGACAUUGUCCCCACGACAUGUGCCUUGACCAACAGACCCUAACCCUAACCCUAAGAUAUCAGUUAGCCAUUUCUGUGGAAUAUUUAGGCCUAAAUCCAAACUGCUGUGGGUGGCUGGUCUCCAAGCAGGCCCGGUCCUGUAGAUGUGGGGUAUCUAAGGAAGACAAGACCCCCCCGUACCAUUCAUCCAUAAACACAACAUAAUUUUACUCAGAAUUAUGACACUAAUUCAUGUCAAAAGCUCAUCGUCUGUACAUACCAAUGUGUUCUAUUUGAACUCAGUGACAGUAAAACAAUAAAGGCUAUAAUAAAUGUGGACUGCCUUUGGUGCAGGAGGCUGGGCUUUGUGUCGUGGUCAGGGUCUUCCCAGUUUCUGAUGCACUCACCACCUGUUAGAAUGGCCAGAAGGGGCUAACCCUAACCCUGGGCACAUCGAAGACGACCCAGUAAGCCUUAAGGUUUUCAGUCAGGGUUCCAAAUGACUUGUGCAUGAUUUACAGUUGAAAGAGUUUGAGCACACUUUGUUUUUAGUUUGCACAAAGACGGGAGGCUGUUUUGUCCCUCAUUUGUUUCCGUGUUUUGUUUACAUUUGCCUACUGUCCCACGCUUGUCCUCGUGGUUACCGUCUGUCAUUGCCAGCUUGAGUGCACAACCAUGAGCCUCAGGACUCACCCCAGUGUCAGCGACAACAUCCUUGGAGUGUUCCGGUUUGUGUUCGAUGACAAAGUGCAGAGCUCACCACCCAUCCUCCAGAAGAGAACACUGGUUGUUGUGUUAGCCUUGCUCGCUCCAUGGCACAUGUAGAUUCUUACUGUCUGGUGAGUUGAAUCUAGUGACAAUGGUUGAGUGAGUUUGUUCAUGUGUCUGUACCUCCUUCGUCCCAUCCUGCUGAUGGGAUGCUACCCUGAACACCCGAACCCCAGAAGCAGCACCCGCGCCGACCCCAUUAAUGCAAAUGCCUUCCGGUGGCACCAGAGCCUGAGGGGUGAGUUGCAGGAUUGUUACAGAUUUCACUGCAAGCUGGGGAGAUUCAGUCACUGGAGAUGAGAUCUGCAUCAGACUGAUGUCUUUUGUUGUAACGAGACAUUGGGCUUGUUGGAGAAUGGGCCCAGGGAUUAGGUGAACAUUCCUUGAUAGAAGAAGCAGUAGCAUUUGGACUUUUGGGUGUGUGCGCCAGCUACCAUUCAUUCUUCUCAGUGUGAUUUUAUAUGACGGGUCAGGGUUAGGAUUAACCCUAACCCAAACCCUACAUGACAGCUUGAGGAUCUGAGCUCGGCCGUCCUUAAGGACCUGUGUGGACAUUGCCACAGAGCCAAGAGUCAAAAGGAUCAUUUUGCUUUUGCUCAUUUCUGUCGAUCAACACAAUGAAAAAAAGUGUAAAAGAAGGAACACAAUAAUUUACAAAACUAAUUAAAAUUCACAAAGAAUGAAUGUGAUUAAAUAAAAUGGACAAAAACUAGCAGAAACUGAACUAAGUGAUUGUCAGAAUGAGGGAAAAAAUGCAAAAAGGAACAAAACAAUCAUCAAAAUAAACAAAAUAAUCAAACAUUUGACUCUAUUCUGACUUUCUUUCCAAUGCAGUUUUUGAAUGAAACCUCUUAAAUGAACAUGGUUCUGGUUCCAACAUCCUGAUGUGAUCCGGAUGUGGUUUAAGUCCUGAAAACAGCCUGAGUCUCAGACCGUUCCGCCCAGAAUGGAAACGGGACCAGGAAUCCUGAGUUCCCAGGAUCUGGGUCUGGACCUUUGGGAACAGAUGACAUGAUAUGGACAGGAUUGAUCUCCUGAGGUUCAGCUCUUCCUGUCAUUAAUGUUUCCAUCAUGUGACUUUUGUGGAUCAAAUUUGAGAAGGAGGUAAACAUUUUAGAAAAAGUGUUUGAAUUCAAUA